AUAAUAUGCAUUAGCCGUGGUAUAUCACGAUUUACCAGAGACCCUUAUUUCAAUUAACAGAGAACAAGCUAACCUGCGAUCGUUAUUUGUAGGGGAAUGCGGCAGCAGUGGUAUAAGGGAUAAGAAAGCCUUGUGCUCACACGUUAAGGAUUUUUUUAGGAUCCGUAAGUAUUGCUUUCUUUUUAAAUAGAAACAGCAGCUUCAAAAGCAGUCGUAUAAAACGUGCAGCUGUCUUGGCGUAUUUCCUACUGUCUCCUUUGUCCCAGGGUUUUAUGGAAGACUGCUACCUCUUCUAUGGGUUUUACAUAGGGGUUGUUACCCACAAUAAUAUUGAAAGUCAUAAUUGCACAUCCAGUAUUAGACCAUGGGCUAGAUUUUCAAAGCUAUUUCAAUCCAACUAGUCAACAGUGCAACUUUCAGAACAAACAAACCCCCACAAAAUUAUGAACCAGAAAUAAACAACCUAACAUUUAGCAUAGUGGCUUGUAAUUAGUCUUUCCAGAACUGUAAAUGUUUGUUCAGAAAAAAAGUGUGCUAGUGUAAAUAGCAUUCAGACUACCUCAUUAUACAUUAUCCCCAUGUCAUUGUCAUGUAAGGUGAGGCACGUCUUUUAUGGAUAAUGGCGGCCUCUGCAGGUGAGUCAAGGUAAUAGGAUAUAAAUGCAAUAACUGCAAUGCAUACAAAUUAUUAUUAUUAUUAUUAUUAUUAUUAUUAUUAUUAUUAUUAUUAUUAUUAUUAUUAUUAUUUAUUUCUUAGCAGACGCCCUUAUCCAGGGCGACUUACAAUUGUUACAAGAUAUCACAUUAUUUUUACAUACAAUUACAUUAUCUUUUACAUACAAUUACCCAUUUUACAGUUGGGUUUUUACUGGAGCAAUCUAGGUAAAGUACCUUGCUCAAGGGUACAGCAGCAGUGUCCCCCAGCUGGGAUUGAACCCACGACCCUCCGGUCAAGAGUCUAGAGCCCUAACCACUACUCCACACUGCUGCCCAAAUGGUCACAGCUCACUUUGAGGGUUAAUUUGACGUGAAUGAGUAUGAACCUUUAUCCAGAACAAAACUAUGCAUUAUCGCUAUCCUUCUCUUACCCCCACCCCCACUUACCCAAUGUUGGGGAGAGAUUAUAAGGUGCGGUGGGUGCAGGGCCGGCAGUACAAGACCCUGCUGAGCUUCAAGAUCUUUGCCGACUGGGAUUUCUGCAUCCAGGAGACAGACUCGGCCACGCUGAAACAAAGCAGAAUCAGGAACGACCUUAAGCAGUAUAACCUGAGCUUUGAGGUGGUGGCAGCUUGCAUCAACAGUCUCCCGGGAGUCGCUCAGAGAGCUCUCUAUUAUAUCCUGUCAGAGGCCUUUGCCACCCCCUUGAUCAUCUCGGAAUGGGUGGGAACGCUUGCAACGGUCAAAGGAAAAAACAAGUUGGGUUCCUCUUACACUUCCAGUUCCAGCAUAAGAACAAUAGUGAGGAACUCAUUGAGGGGACACAGUGACCCGAGGCUCGUCCGAGGAAUGGGAUUAAACAUGAGAGUUCAGGGAGAGAUCCUGUUCAUCCUGGCUUUUGCUUGCAAAGUCUUUGAAACAACUGGCAAUACCACCCUGUAUUCUGAAGCUGCAACCCUGGACAACAGCACAUCUGAAAUGAAAGUUUACACUACUGUUCAGUCUUCAGCCCUGGACAUCAGCACAUCUGGAAUCAAUGCUGACUAUUCUAGUCCAGCUAUAACCCUGGGGCCUGCAGCUCCUCAGAGUCAGACUCCUGAUCCAAACACAUAUAUUACAGGCAGCAGCACAUCUGAAAUGAAAGUUUACACUUCUGUUCAGUCUACAGCCCUGGACAUCAGCACAUCUGGAAUCAAUGCUGACUAUUCUAGUCCAGCUAUAACCCUGGCUCCUCAGACUCAGACUCCUGAUCCAAACACAUAUACUACAGGCAGCAGCACAUCUGAAAUGAAAGUUUACACUUCUGUUCAGUCUACAGCCCUGGGCACCAGCACAUCUACAAUGAAAGUUGACCCUUCUAGUCAAGCUACAACCCUGGUGCCGGUUGAGGAUGUUACAGUUGAGUCUGACCCACCCUCUGCUAAAGUAUGGGAAGGUGAAAGGUUAACUCUGACCUGCAAUGCGGCGAAAGGCAAUCGUCUCCGUUAUGAAUGGCAUUUCAAAAGAAAAACAGCGACCAUGAAAUUAGUAACUUCAGGCAGAUCGAUGACUAUUCACAGAGUUCUCGAAAAUCAGGCUGGGAAUUACAGUUGUGUAGCAAACAAUAAUCUAACAGCAGGUCAUAGCCAGGACAUAGAAGUGGAGGUCAAAGUGCCUGUCUCCGUUCCCAGAAUUUGGUAUUCUGUACAAAAACAAGUCAAUAACUACAGAGCAAGAAUAACAUGCGAGGCAGAGAGAGGAUCCCCACCAGUUACCUUCACUCUCCUCGGAAACAGAAGGAAGAUCAUGAACAAUACAGGAGACUUGCUCAAUGUUACAUUCGUCUUACCUAUUACCUUAGAUCAGAAUAUGGGCAUUUUCACAUGUCAAGCUGAGAAUGGCAAGAAACCCGUGCACAGUGUUACACAGACGGUGUCUGUAGCACGUGUGCGAGGCGUUAGCCUGGAGAGCAGGCCACACCCAUUGGAAGUGUCUGUGAAUGAAGAAAUGGUGUUUACCUGCUCAGUGGAGGAAGGCACCUUCCCUGUGUAUAAGUGGAUGUUUAAUGGACAUCAUUUACAGGCCAACCCUGAUUCCUACUCACUUAACCAGCAAGGAAAUAUACUAACCAUCCCGUCUGCUACUCUGGUUCAUAACGGCACUUAUGUCUGUUCAGUCUGCGAUGCCUUUGACAAGACACACUGCAUCAAGAGCGCCGCCCUUCAGGCUGAAGUGAAAGAAGUGGUUGCUGUUUCCAUUGAAGCCGUUGCAGUAGUUUUCUGUUGCUUUCUUUUCCUGGUGAUUGUUCUCAGCGUGUGCUGUGUGGUUGCCUUUAAAUACAGGACAGGAGAGUAUUAUCCAAACUCAGGUGUUGGAAUGGAAAAAAGUGCAAUCUGGGAUAAAGAUAUGGAUGAGCAGUUAAGGGACUGUUCCAUGGACAACUCUGAUCUGGAAAGCGUUACGAAAAUGUGAAGUUCAGCCCGUCCUAGGAUUUACGUGUCAGAGUCACCGGGAUGAAGGAGAGGCUGUGGGUUUAGGGAGGGACACCAGUUCUAGCUAAUUGGCAGCUGUGAUUGAAAAGACUGAGAGCAGAGGAUGGUCAGGUGGUCAUAUUUAAGAGGGAUCUUAGGAGUUCAUAGCUGAGUGCCAAUGCUUGCAAUAAUAUGCAGUGACGGCUUCUGAUGUAUUAUCGUUACUUUCCACUGUUAUAUUACAAUAAAUGAGUGGGGAGGGGGCGCAUGUCAUGCUCGCUCACACCGCACCACUGUCAAA